GGCGGUCAGGUCAAUUAUUACGACCGGAGCUCGGAUCAGUUCUUUCGCUGUUGAGCUUCUCUCGUGAGCGAUGUCGCGUGCUCAGUGUUUAUGUUUAUCUAAAUUGUGGUAUCGGAACGCGGUUAUAGACGAUCUAAAAAACUAAUCGUAUUUAAUACGCAUUAUUUAAUUAAAUUUCUUUAGGGAUUACCAACAAUUUAUUAAAAAAAAAAGUUAUUUAAUUAGUGCAUUUUUAAAAGAAGAUAAGAUAUACAAGAAAAAUUACACCUUAAAAAAAAGAAAAAGAAAGUUAUGAUGAAGUUUAAGAUAUGAAUACUUCUCGAACGACUUUUUCAAUAACAAAACGUAUCCCUGGAAGACCGUCUUCUUCGCAGAUGCACUCGGAUUGUCCGCCGGAACGCGAAGAAACGUCCCCUUCAUCACCAGGUCUCAUCUCUGAACAAAGAUCAACGUCUUUGACAACUAUUCCAACUGUUGCCAUUCAACCGAGAAUGGCUCAAUUAGAAACUUUAGAAGCAAAAAUGGCUAGCAUUGAAGUAUCUCUUUCGAAUACUCCUCGUAGAAAGAAAAACGGAAGUAUAACCGGAAGCGUAACGUCUUCUUCGAUACGGUCGACUUCUAAUAAAGAAGUAGCGGUUAAAGAAUUGGAAAACUUACGAAAUGCGUUAAAAGACAAGGAGAAUAUUAUACAAAAUUUAAAGGGACAGCUUUCAGCGACCGGUUUAAAAUUAACAAGUCAAAUUAAAACGAAUGGUUUCCGAAAUGUUUCAAUCAUCAAGAAUCAUGGUGAUCAUGAAAAUUUAGAUGUUGAUAAAAAACAUAUUGAGGAAAGGUUGAAUCGAUUAAGAAACGAAACAGAUAAUAAACGAUUAAUUAUAAAAAAAUUAAAAAUGGCUUUAGAAAGAUUAGAUAUAACUGAUAAUAUUGAUGUGAGAAUUCAACAAGCCGAAUUAGAAUAUCAAGUUGGGCGCGAAGAAUUAAAUUUAUUAACGCUUUUAGAAGAAGCGAGAACGUUACAAAUUUGUCUUGAAGAGUCUAACAAAAAAAUGUUAUCUCCUGAACAUACUUUUUAUAGUUGUCUUAAUGCGCUCGAUGGUUCUCGAUCGACAACUUUACACGCAAUCGAUUUAACUUAUGAUCCGAAAAGUCCCAAUUUUGGUGCUGGACCCAAAGAAAAGGAUGGAUUAGGUUUAUGGAUCGAUUGGAGUUUAGAUAAUACCGGGCUUCGUAAAGGAGAUCGAUUAAUAGAAGUAAACGGAAAAGUUAUCUUAACAAAAACACGAGAAGAUUUAUUUCGUUUACUCUCAGCUGAUCCAAAUUCCGCAAAAAUCGUCGUACUAAGACAAGAUUGUUAUGGUUCCCCUUCAGAAUUAAUAGAAAAAGAAACUGGAGCUGCAGUUAAAGAAAUAUCUUCACUUCGCUCCGAAUUAGAAGUAGUAAGAGAACGGGCUGAAGAAGCUCAAAGAGCCAAAGAUGGUUUAAGAUCGGAUAACAUUCGAUUAACUCAUCGAAUAUCCUAUUUAGAAGAACACGUAUCUGAAUUAUUAUCGAAAAUUACUCCUCAAGAAUCUGAUAUACGUAUAAUAACGGGGAAUUCGAAUUCUUCGAUUAAGUCCCAACCAGUUAAAUCCCAUCAUAACAUUACAAAUAUUAAUAUAACGGCUCAAUCGACAUCCGUAGCACAAGCGAAUGAUUUGGUUUUUCAAAAAGGACCUCAAGUAACCGCGUUAAUACAGAAUAUUAAUGGGAAUCGAAGAGAAACAGGUAUACAAUUACCGGUGCGAUCGAAAAGUAGCCUUUCAAAUGUAUCAAAUGAACAAGUUUUACCCGUACAAAAACUUCAAAGGCAUCAACAACAACGUCACCACCACCAUCAAAAAUAUCGAAACAACAUAAAUAACAAUUCAAAAUUAUCUAAUAAUGAUUACGAAUCGAUUCCUAUAAAUAAUAAUAACAAUUCUGUGAUGGAACAAAGUUAUAAAAAAGCUACGAAAAUCGUUCAAGAUCUCACUAAAAAAGAUAAUAAUCAAAUAAUAAAUAAACCAAAUAAUAAACAUAAACCAACCUGUUUUGAAUCAAUUCCAAAUUCGGAUAUUUUAAGGCAUUACAACGCGAGAAAAUCAACGUCCGUUUUAGAUUUUCGAUCGUCAGAUUCAAGAAGUAUCGAAACGUUAGAAAAUAUCACGUUGAAUGCGUUCGCUAAAAGAUUGUACAAAAAACACGAUAUGAGAAGUGUGAAAUCGUUGGAUUUUGAUAGUGAUUGUACGGUGAAUUCGUCAAACCAACAUGUUUAUGAUAAACCAAGACCUCAACCACCAAAAAAACCAAUCAGAUUGUCUUUGCAUAGGGCUCAAAGUGCCCAAUCGAUGGAAGGUUCAAUACAAGGGCAAGAAGUUUCGAUGAGGAAACCAACUAAAAGAAAUUAUAAAAGUGAAAUUUUGGCGGUUAAUGGAAGUAAAGAUAUUAAUCAGGCUUGGAAUUCGAAUAAAUAUGUUAUUAAUAAGUUAGACGGAGGAAACGGAAUGUGCAUCACAGCUGAAAGUGCAAGUUGGUGUUGAUUUUAGACGGAUUUUUUUUAUAUAAAAAGUCGUGUGAUGAUUUGAAACGAAUGAUAAUUGAAUUUGUAUUUAUUUUUUUACUUAAAAUUAAUGAUGUGCACUUAAUUUUUUUAUAGAGAAUAUAAAGAGAAUA